AUGCCUCAGCAACAGCCAGCACACGCCAUCAACCCUACUCGGUUGAAGACCUCGUUGAAAAUGGCAAUUAGUAAGUUGAAGUUUAUCCAAGAUAAGAAAAGUGCAAUCAACAAGCAACAGCGGAGACAAUUGGCUACGUUAUUAAGCCAAGGUAAAGAGUCAAGUGCUAAGAUAAGAGUGGAGAAUAUAAUUAGGGACGAUAUUUAUGUUGAGUUACUUGAAUACUUGGAGUUGUAUUGUGAACUUUUAUUAGCUAGAGUGGCGAUAAUUCUCGACACCAAUAGAAGUGGAGUUGAUCCAUCAUUGAAAGAAGCCAUUCUGUCGGUUGUGUAUUCUGCUCCCCAUAGUGAAUUGAAGGAAUUGAGUGGAUUAAGAGAGAUUUUCGUUGCAAAAUAUGGUGCAGAAUUCGGUAAGUCGGUAAUUGAAAAUACCAAUGACGAGUAUGUUCCAGCUAAAAUAGUGAAAAGAUGUCAAGUGGAGCCACCUUCAGAGCUAUUAGUUGACUUGUACCUAUGUGAAAUAGCCAAGGCGUACGAGGCUCCAUAUUCUGGGUUGAAGAUAGAAGAGGUGAUCGAAGAAAGCAACGAUAUUGAUGACGACGACGAUUCUCCAUCUGGUGGCCAAAAGGAAGCGAAUCUAGAAACCCCGUUGGCUGCUGAUCCAGCUGAUGUAUCAAACACCCAAAAGACAGCACCAAAGACAGCACCUAAAGCACUCAACGACUUUGAUUCCCUAAAGGCUAGAUUUGACGCAUUGAAAGGUGCCAAAUAG